AUGACUACUGGCCAUCACUUACACGACACAUAUCUGGUUAUCGAUGGCAACAAUCUAUUGUAUAGUCUGUACAGUUUGGUUGCAAUAACUGAUAAUAAUGAUAGUAAUAAAAACUUUAUCUACGGCGGCGACUAUAGUCUGUUUGCCGGUACUGUUCAUCGAUUUUUCUCUACACUAAUCACUUGUUCCGUACGACCAGUAGUAGUAAUGGACAGUUGUCUGGAUUGGUCGGCCGAAAAGUCGAUGAAAUGUUUUGGACAUCAUUUCAAUAGUGCCCUACAAAUAGCCACCACUAGUAAUGCUGACAACAAUUAUCGACAAACUAUUGGCAGUUCAUCUACUAUAUUGCCAACACUGUCCAGACAAGUGUUUUAUCAGGUAUUGGAUCAGUUGGCGAUUGCCUAUUGUCAAGUCAGACAAGACGGCGACACCUAUAUGGUAGCGCUGGCCAAUCAACUCGACUGUCCCGUAAUGACCGGCGACAGUGACUUUUUUAUCUACAAUAUCCGGUCAGGUGUUAUACAUAACGAUUAUCUACUAAUGGAUAGUUCAAUGAUAGUCAGACAGUUUGAAGACCGAAAUAAUUGGCGAAAUCGUCAGACAUAUAAAUAUUUGGAUACAAUUAUCUAUAAAAUUGAUAGACUAUUGAACUGUUUUCCUGGACUAACCAUUGAUUGUCUGCCAGUUUUCAGUACACUAAUGGGUAACGAUUGUGUGGAUUAUAUUCAUAUGAAAUCAAUUGUUUCCAAUGAUAUACCCAUUGAUGACAGUACUGACCGUACAAAUAAAUUUCUAAUUCAAAGAAAUUCAUACGAAAAACAUCGACAAAUGGUUAAAGUAUUGAAUUGGUUGAGACGACAGUCAAGACAACAGGCCAUUGAAUUUGUUCAGUCGAUACUAACUGAUAGAUCGAUGACUGAUCUACAAAAAUCAGUUGAUGUAUCAAUUGAAAAGUUUACCAUUAAUAAUGAUGAUAACAAUCAUACCUAUGAAACCUAUUUCAAUCGAUCAACCAAUUCAUUCAAUUGGACAGAAAUGGCCACUAAGAUGAUGGAAACUUCAGGUAUGCCAUUAUGGCGUUCAAAUGAAUGGUGUAAAUGUCAUCUAACUAUUAUGUCUACGUCAUCGCGUAUUGAAGAUCUGGGACUGGUAUCUACCUAUCAGUGCUCGUGGAAAUUGAAACAGUAUGUCUAUGCAUUGAAAAUUGUUGAUAAGGAUGAUAAUGAUGAUGAUAACGGUAUGGAUGGUGAAGCAGUAGAUGAUAAUGUAGAGCCAAUGGUAUUAUUUUUAGAUAGAUAUGAAAACAGUUUGAAAGAGUUUAGAUUAAAACCAAUGUUUGCGUUAACAAAAAGUGGUCGUCCGGUACCAAAACCGACUGAAAUAAAUGAUUUGACAAUCACUGAGAAGUAUGAAUUGAUUUCCGAAAUGUUAUUCGACGACAAAGACCAGCUUCAGUCCAUCAUUGAUCAAACAAGACGUCGUUUAACUGGUCUUCAAACAGAUGAAGAACUAGUAUUUCUGAUGAUUGUCAUCAGGUAUUGGUUGGCAAACACACCGAACCAGAUAUGGUAUGAAUUCAUGUAUUCACUAAUCAUUUGCAUACUAUUUACUGGACAUUUCACUUACGAUGACAACGACUACCAUAACUAUCAACCAUUGAAAUUGAUAUCAACUGUCAGUGGAAAACAAACUAAAGAUUUCUUGAAUUCAAUGAACAGACCGUUGAAUGGCAGCGAACAGCCGUUUAUUCCAAGAAUUGUUCACUUUUACAAUGAAUUUCAAAACUGUUUGACAGACAUACGGACCAUCAAUACUGAACUCCAGUCACCACUACCUAUGGGUUGUUCACCUGAUAUAUGUCUGUGCGGAUCGUUUAUCUAUACACUGACCAAAAAGUUGUCACAAACCAAUGAUCCGGUUAGUUAUCUUAAGGGAAAGUUGGAUCCAAUCGGUUCAACCAACUAUUGGCAACUAAUUGAUAGUUUUAUGCAAAUUGCUGUCACAAACAACAACAAUGAUAGCAUAAAUGAUAAGCUUAUUAAAUGUCCACAAGAUUUUUGUCGAUAA